CUCAGAUAAGAAGAAGCUUCACUUACCUAGCAAAGAGAGAGGAGAGUCUCUGUAUACUCAGUAAAGCUUUUGAGUAAAAAUGAUGAUGACAGCAACUUCCUCGUUUCUCUCGUCGUCCUCUCUGCUUCCCUUUCAAGGGCCAAACCGGCGAAUGCAAUGGAAAAGACACGAAAAGAGACAGUUCUCGAGAAAGGUGGCUGUUUCUGGUGUUAUCACAGCGGGAUUUGAGCUUAAUCCACCUCCCUAUCCUCUUGAUGCUCUGGAACCGCAUAUGAGCCGGGAAACCUUGGAUUAUCAUUGGGGAAAGCAUCACAAGACUUACGUUGAGAACCUGAACAAGCAAAUCGUUGGCACAGAUCUAGAUGGAUUGUCAUUGGAAGAGGUUGUGCUUCUCUCAUACAACAAAGGCAAUAUGCUUCCUGCCUUCAACAACGCCGCACAGGCGUGGAACCACGAGUUCUUCUGGGAGUCUAUCCAACCUGGAGGUGGAGGAAAGCCAAGUGGAGAUCUUCUCAGAUUGAUAGAGAGAGAUUUUGGGUCUUUUGAUGACUUUUUAGAAAGGUUCAAGGCAGCUGCUGCCUCCAACUUUGGUUCAGGUUGGACUUGGCUUGCAUACAAGGCGAAUAGACUUGAUGUUGCAAAUGCAGUAAACCCGCUUCCAAAGGAGGAAGACAAGAAGCUUGUGAUAGUAAAAACUCCCAAUGCAGUAAAUCCACUCGUAUGGGACUAUUCUCCACUUCUCACCAUUGAUACCUGGGAGCACGCUUACUAUCUGGAUUUUGAGAACCGGAGAGUUGAAUACAUAAAUACAUUCAUGGAAAAGCUGGUGUCAUGGGAAACUGUAAGCACAAGACUAGAAUCUGCAAUGGCUCGAGCAGCUCAAAGAGAACAAGAAGGAACUGAUACCGAAGAUGAAGAGAAUCUAGAUGAUGAAGAGCCUGAGGUUUACUUAGAUAGUGAUAAUGAUGUAUCUGAGGCUGACUAAAAAAACUAAAUAUCAGUGAUAAACAUUUAGCUUCUGAACAAAAUGUCAAUUACAGAGCAAAAUUUUCUGCUUAUUAAGCCCUAUAACUUUAAAUAAAUUUUGAGAUUCUUGUGGUUUAAAACAAAAAAAAAAACUUAACGUUACAUAUUUUACAGUCCUCCUAUGCGGUCUUGUGAUGAGUUACGAGGAGACCUGUGAUGAGGUAAAGCCAAGUAUCUUUCUACAGGUGGUGAAUGUCUGUAAACUCUUUGUAAAUCAUAUGGCAUUUGGUGAUGCCCAUGUAUUGAAGGAGAGUACUCUCGAGGAAGUCUCUGUCCGUGAACCGGGGAAUGCUGUCUUGGAACCGGAGAGUAAAAAUUUGGAGGCAGAUGAUCAUACACAGAUAAAUCUCUUCCUAACCCACCAGGUGGAACCAUAUAUUCAGGAGAUCUCCCGAGACUUGACUGAUGAGGAAAACCUGAUGCUGGCCCCAGGUAGCUACUCACAAGAGCUGAUAUUUCAUCUGUAUCUCCCUCUCUGUGACUAGGGAAGCUUCGGUCACGGUAUAUAGGAGAAUAAGAUGAGUAAGCUGUUUGUGGUGGCAUUUCCAUGUCUGACAACCUUGGACGUUUCAUCUGUUGGUUAUACAGUCUCUUGUUAAGUGCCGCUUCCUCCAUUAGACUGAUGGAUCUCGCUUCCUCCA